AUUCACUGGAGAUAUGUCUUUGACUCCAAUUCAUCCAGCAUCCGAUUGAUUGUUCAGAAAAGAAAAGUGGAAAAAUUAGUCCCGUCUAUUUAUUUGUUUAUUGAAAAUUAGUUGUGGCACACGGGAUAAUGAUUUUACAGUUUUUGUUAAUUGUGUUCAGUGUUCACAGAGCACAAAGCCUUCCGGAUGUAAUACGAAUCGGCGGUCUAUUCCAUCCCGGCGAUGAUAAUCAGGAAAAUGCAUUUCGCUAUGCCGUCGACAAAAUAAAUUCCGACAAAUCGAUUUUGCCCCGUUCGAAGCUCACAGCUCAAGUCGAAAUUAUAUCACCGCAGGACAGUUUCCAUGCAUCGAAACGAGUGUGUCACUUGCUACGUAUGGGAGUCGCAGCGAUUUUCGGUCCACAAUCAUCGCACACUGCCAGUCAUGUUCAAAGCAUUUGUGAUACCAUGGAAGUGCCCCAUUUGGAAACGAGAUGGGACUAUAGAUUACGGAGGGAAAGCUGUUUGGUAAAUUUGUAUCCGCAUCCGAGCACAUUAUCGAAGGCAUAUGUAGACUUAGUCAAAUCAUGGGGAUGGAAAUCGUUUACCAUUAUUUACGAAACGAAUGAAGGUUUAGUACGCCUACAAGAAUUGCUCAAAGCAUAUGGCUCAUCAGAUUUUCCCAUCACUGUACGACAAUUGACUGACACAGGCGAUUAUCGACCAUUACUAAAGCAAAUAAAAAAUUCGGCUGAGGCACACAUAAUUUUGGAUUGUAGCAUUGAGAAAAUCUAUGAAGUACUGAAACAGGCCCAGCAAAUUGGUAUGAUGAGCGACUAUCACAGUUACUUGAUAACGUCUUUGGAUUUGCAGACAAUAAAUUUGGAUGAAUUUCGUUACGGCGGGACCAAUAUAACUGCCUUUCGUUUAGUGGAUCCGUACUCACAGCUUGUCCAAAACACAGUUCGUGAAUGGACGAAGCCGCUAAUAGCAGCCGAUAAUACGAGUCAUGGCAACUUUACAUUUAUGAAAGUCGAAACAGCUUUGAUGUACGAUGCCGUUCAUCUGUUUGCUAAAGCGUUGCACGAUUUGGACACAAGUCAACAGAUCGACAUACAUCCUCUGUCGUGUGACGGACAGGACACAUGGCCCCACGGUUACAGUCUCAUCAACUACAUGAAAAUUGUGGAAAUGAAAGGACUCACCAACGUUAUUAAAUUCGAUCAUCAGGGAUUUCGCACCGAUUUCAUUCUGGACAUUGUGGAAUUGAAUCCGACCGGCCUAAAAUUGGUGGGCAAUUGGAAUUCGUCGCAAGGUGUCAAUUUCACAAAAACCUACGGUGAACACCAAAAGGAAAUUGUGGAAAAUUUGAAAAAUAAAACUCUCAUCGUUACCACGAUUCUGAGUGCACCGUACUGCAUGCGAAAAGAUUCGGCCGAAAAACUGUCCGGAAACGAUCAAUUUGAAGGAUAUGGAAUUGAUUUGAUCCAUGAAAUUUCACAACUACUGGGUUUCAAUUACUCUUUUCGAUUGGUUCCGGACGGUAGGUACGGUGGACUGAACAAAGAAACUGGGGAAUGGGACGGAAUGGUCAGGGAAUUAUUGGAACAAAGAGCAGACAUUGCCAUCGGCGACCUAACCAUCACAUUUGACCGAGAACAGGCCGUUGACUUCACGAUGCCAUUUAUGAAUCUGGGCAUCUCCGUACUCUACCGAAAGCCCGUUAAACAACCUCCAAACCUGUUCUCAUUUCUAUCACCACUGUCGUUGGACGUAUGGAUCUAUAUGGCAACUGCAUACCUUGGCGUGUCUGUGUUACUAUUUAUUCUGGCCAGAUUCACACCAUAUGAAUGGACGACACCGUCAUCAUGCAAUCCACAUGAUAAAAAUGACACCCAAUUUACGCUGAUGAAUUGCAUGUGGUUUGCUAUUGGAUCGCUGAUGCAACAGGGAUGUGACUUCUUGCCCAAAGCUGUUUCUACAAGAAUGGUAGCUGGAAUGUGGUGGUUUUUCACACUGAUUAUGAUAUCCUCGUACACCGCAAAUUUAGCUGCAUUUUUAACCGUUGAACGAAUGGACUCACCCAUUGAAAGUGCUGAGGAUUUGGCUAAACAGACGAAGAUAAAAUACGGUGCUCUCUAUGGUGGAUCGACAGCAUCCUUUUUCAGAGAUUCCAAUUUUACAACAUAUCAACGAAUGUGGUCUUUUAUGGAGUCGGCUAGACCAUCGGUAUUUACAACUAGUAAUAUUGAAGGCGUUGAAAGAGUUGUUAAAGGAAAAGGAAGCUAUGCAUUUUUGAUGGAAUCCACAUCCAUUGAAUACGUGAUCGAAAGGAAUUGCGAAUUAACCCAAGUUGGAAGCAUGCUUGACUCUAAGGGAUAUGGAAUUGCAAUGCCACCAAACUCACCGUACAGAACGGCUAUAAGUGGAGCUGUACUCAAACUACAAGAAGAAGGAAAAUUGCAUAUUUUGAAGACUCGUUGGUGGAAAGAAAAACGUGGUGGAGGAUCCUGCCGUGACGACACAUCCAAAUCAAGUUCAGCUGCAAACGAAUUGGGUCUAGCAAAUGUCGGUGGUGUGUUUGUGGUUUUGAUGGGCGGCAUGGGAGUUGCCUGCGUAAUUGCAGUUUGUGAAUUUGUCUGGAAAUCUCGAAAGGUGGCUGUCGAAGAGAGAAUAUUUUAAACUAGCCACACAACAUGCAUUUUAAUCAGUCACUGUCGCAUCAAUCAACAUUUUUCAUUUCGAGUAGCAUGGAUUGUUCCAUCAUUAACAAGAUGAAAGUGAAACAACAUAAAACAAUAAUUUAAAAAUCGAGUUUCAUGUGGUACUAAUUGAAUUAUUUAACUGACCUGUAAUAAGGCGUAACUGCUCACUCAAAGUAAAUCUAUUACAAUUUUUUACAUUUCGCAUUUUGAAAUUGA